AUGGCGGACGUCCAGCGGGUUUAUCUUGCACAAAACGACGUAGAGAAGGCCCCAUGGAAAAGCCCACCGGCCAGUGCUCCUCUGGUUCCCAAAUCGAGCCUUAUGUCCGAAAAAGUAGAACCCAACGCAAAUCCAGCCCAGUUUAUGCACGGUCAGUUUUCGACACAGGAGGAGGCCACCAGAUGUUACUCCUGCCCUCCAAAGUGCUGCCGCAAUUUCUACUGUCUCUGCCUCCUCUGGACGUUUUGCCUCCUGUUGCUCUUUAUUGUCGCCAUUGUCAUAUCAGCCGCCAUUCUCUACGCCGUCUUCCAGCCCAGGAUACCCAAAUACUCAGUCGACAACGUUCAAAUUACCAGCUUCUCCCUUGGUUUAGACGCUACCCUUUCUUCCCAGUUUAUGGUGGAUGUGAGAAUGACGAAUCAGAACAAAAAGAUCGGGAUAUAUUACUUAGAUGACAGCUAUAUUGGGGUUUUCUACACCGGCACGGAGAUCUGCAAGGGUAAACUGCCUGCGUUUUACCAGGGCCACAAGAAUACUUCUAAUUUAGACGUUAUUCUCACAGGGACUAACGUCCAGAUUACCAGUGAGAUGGUUGCGUUGCUGAAUGAACAGAAGCAGCAGGGAAGCAUUCCUCUGAACUUGAAGGCGGAUGUUCCCGUGAAGAUCAAGUUUGGGAAACUGAAAACCAUGAAGAUUACUUUCCAUCUGCGCUGUGAUCUGGUGGCCGACAACCUGGAUGAGAACGCCAGUGUCAACAUUAGCACGAAGAAAUGCAAGGUGAAGCUUUGA